AUGGCUUUUAAUCGCAUCGCUGUUUACGGCCACCGCGGCUGGGCCAGUGCCGCCAUUUUCAAGGCCCUCGCCAACUCUGGCGCUCGCAUACGAGUGCUGCACCAGCCGACGCCCGACACCAGCAUGCUGCCAGCCAAUGUCUCGACGAACAUUGAUAUUGUCAUCUCGCUAGUCGGACAUGAGGGAAUCGCACGUCAGCAUGGGUUCAUCGAGGCCAUUCCCAAGACACAGUGCCGACAGCCAGCAUUAGCCUUUGCCCCUCUGCACCCUCAAUUAUGUGGCAGCGGCGUAUGCUUCCCCGUUCGCUGCCACGCCAAUUUCUGA